AAAUAAAGAGGUGGACUUUUUCUUUUCUUUUAAGUUUUACCCCUCAUCUACCUUCUUCUAUGUAUUUUUUAUGUAUUCAUAACCCAAAUCUUUUGGAAGAAAGUUACUGAUCCCAGAUAAUUUAUAAGCCGGCUUAAGCAAUUUCUUGUGUUAUUUUAAAGAAGAGAACAGUGAUUAUUCUGGAUAUUAUUGUUUUGAGAAGUGGGGCUUCAGGUGAAUGAAGAAAAGUUACAGCCUUCUAUUUCAAAGAAAGUGUUUCUCAAUUCGCACAAGAAAAGAUUGCUCCACAUGCCUCAAAAAUAGACCAAACAAAUUCUUUCCCAAAGGAUGUCAACUUAUGGAAACUCAUGGGGGAGUUUAAUCUUCAUGGAAUUACUGCACCAGAGGAGUAUGGAGGACUUGGUCUUGGCUACUUGUAUCAUUGUAUUGCUUUGGAAGAACUCAGUCGUGCUUCAGGCUCUGUUGCCCUUUCCUAUGGAGCUCAUUCUAAUCUUUGCAUUAAUCAGCUGGUGAGGAAUGGAAAUCCUGCUCAGAAACAGAAGUAUUUACCAAAGCUUAUCAGCGGGGAACAUGUGGGAGCUCUUGCAAUGAGUGAACCUAAUGCUGGUUCUGAUGUUGUUAGCAUGAAGUGCAAGGCUGAUCGGGUAGAUGGUGGAUAUGUUCUAAAUGGGAACAAGAUGUGGUGUACUAAUGGGCCAGUUGCUCAAACACUGGUUGUUUAUGCAAAAACAAACGUAACAGCAGGGUCAAAAGGAAUAACUGCAUUCAUUAUUGAGAAGGGAAUGCCCGGAUUCAGUACUGCCCAGAAGUUAGACAAACUUGGCAUGCGAGGAAGUGAUACAUGUGAGCUUGUCUUUGAGAAUUGCUUUGUGCCAGAAGAAAAUGUUCUUGGGCAAGAAGGAAAAGGUGUCUAUGUCAUGAUGUCAGGUUUGGAUUUGGAGAGGCUUGUUUUAGCAGCCGGACCCCUUGGCAUCAUGCAGGCAUGUCUUGAUGUUGUUCUACCUUAUGUUCGACAAAGAGAGCAAUUUGGCCGCCCAAUUGGGGAAUUUCAGUUUAUACAGGGAAAAAUGGCUGACAUGUAUACUUCGUUACAAUCAUCAAGGUCCUAUGUAUAUUCUGUUGCAAGAGAUUGUGACAACGGAAAUGUUAACCCUAAGGAUUGUGCUGGAGUAAUAUUAUGUGCAGCUGAAAGAGCCACACAAGUUGCACUGCAGGCUAUACAGUGUCUCGGGGGCAACGGUUACGUAAACGAGUACGUAACGGGUCGGCUACUUCGUGAUGCCAAACUGUAUGAAAUCGGGGCAGGUACCAGUGAAGUUAGAAGGAUAAUAAUUGGUCGUGAGCUCUUCAAAGAGUAAUGAGAGGCAACCUGUAUCUAUUUAAUGGUUGGGUAUGGCUAACUAUACCACAGCAAGAAAUAAUUUUAUGUAAUCCUUAAAAUGAAUUAGCAAUUGGUCAGUAAAGAAAAUGAAGUUGAUAUUGUUGUAAGUAAGAAUUUUAUAUAAGAAAAUCUGUUCAAAAUAGUUUCAUUUUUAGAA